ACACCCUCUCUCUCCACUUCUCAUACUACGAAGAGGACUACGGUUGUCGUCACCAUCACGAACACCGUACCUCUCAGCACCGGGACUGCCUACUCGUCAACUAGUCGCGGUACAGGAGUCUCCAGUGGCGUUCCAUCUGUUUCAUCACCGACCUCUAUUCGCCUUUCCACCACGCUCGGCUACCCUACUACCACUGCCCCCAGCUUGUCCAGCACUACUCCUACCUCCCUCGGAAGCAGCGCUGCCUCUACUGCAUCCAAGAAACCUUGCAAAACUGAAGAGGAAUCCACUUCCACGUCUAUGUCGUUGUAUCUUUCACUUCCUUCCACUUUUUCACCGGGAUUUACAGUCUCCAGCGCUCUGCCCACUCUCGUCACGCCCACAGAUACAGCGACUCUGAGCAGCGUUUCUGGCGGAUACGACUACCCUCCCUCCACCCAGGAGUCUACCGCAUCGCUGGGAACUACUGUAGGCAGCGCCAAGCCUACACUCGUCUCUAGCAGUACUUCGGAUAUCCCAGGAGGCUAUGACACCGAAUACCCAGCUCCAACCUCAUCUCCGGGUACCAUUGUCUCCAGUGCUCUUCCUACUCUGAUUAGCUCAACUGCCAGCAGCAUCCCUGGUGGUUACGACUAUCCUCCCUCUUCAUCUUCACAAUCAUCCCAGGAGUCGAGGUCGACCGAGUAUCUCGACACCACCGUGGCCAGUGCUCGACCGUCCCUAGUGAGCCCCUCCAUUUCAGAGAUAUCGCCUACCCCGACUACCUUUGAGACUCGCAAGUCUGAUGGGUUCACUUCGGCGUCUACCAUCUACGGUGGAUAUGAGUUCGGCCGUCGCCGGGCUUUGAGAAUGUAGUUUCCGUCGUGUACAAAUUUCCGACACUCCUGGUGUUAACGUCCAGUUUCAUCUGGCCUGAUAGACUGAUAUGAGGGGGCUUAGGGGGUUGGACUACAAAGUUGGUGUUUCUCUUCUUGACUUUCGUUUAGACUUCUUUCAUGUAAGGGCAUCUCAAGAAAUUAUGGCACAAGAUGGAGAGCAAAAGAGGGAUGGGGUCACUUACGUAAUCACUUG